AUGCGUUUCCUCAACUUGGUUGGCCUCGUCUUGGCUGGAGCUACUGCCUCUAAUGCUGCCACUUCUUGCGCACCCUCUAGUUCCGAUGCUGCUGUUCUGGAAUUCGCCUGGGGUCUAGCUGACUUCAUUGGCGGCUACUACAACUCCACUGUCGACUCCAACUUCCCUUCCAACUCGAGGAACGCGACUGUCCUGGGCUACAAGAAGAUUCUUUCCGGUCUCUCAAACCAGAACACCCUCUCGGUCGAAGCUAUUGAUAAGGCCUCCUCCUCGCUCUCCGGCUUCCAGGAGCCCCAGUGCAGCUUCACCUACCCCCAGGUCAACACCACCGCUGCCUGGGCUUACUACGCCUAUCAGUUUGAGUCCACUGUGACCGGUGCCUUCAUUGCUCUCGCUGGCUACACCCAGUCUCCUGAGGUUUCCUUCCUCAUGGCCCGCCUGGCUGCUGAGCACAACGGCCACGCUACCUUCAUCGGUAGCCGCGUCAACUCUACCCUCUUCGCCGACAACGCCACCUCUUUGGUGUCGGCCUACGGUCCCAACCAGGUCAUCUCCAACCGUAACGCCACUGGUAGCCUCGGCCAGUACCUUGGUGGCUGCCUCACUGCUCCCUCCAGCCCCUGCGGUCCCCUCCGCAUCGGUCCUCUGGAUGCUACUCCCAGCUCCUCUGCCGGUGCUAGCUCCACUGCUUCCCCUAGCUCCACUGCUUCCUCUGCCGCCAAGAAGCACCACUAA